AUGGGAAAUUGUUGUUCAUCAUCCAAACGAUCAAACGGAUAUGAUUCAACAGAUGAUAGAAUACUAGAAGAAUCAUUAGAUAUUAAAGGUGGUCAUAAUAACAAUAAUCAUGGUGGUGGACACCAUCAUCAUCACCAUCAUCACCACCAUCACAUUAAAAGAAAUUCAAAUGGUGGAUUAUAUAAUAAUGAAAUGAAAUCAAUUUCAUCUGAAAAUAAUAAUAAUAACAAUAACAACAACAAUAAUAAUAAUAAUAAUAAUAAUAAUAAUAAUAAUAAAAGAAAUUCAUUAAAAUCAUCAUCACAACAUAAAUUAUUAGUUGAUGAAGAGAAAGAAGAUUUAAUAUCAGCAUCAGUUCAUCAAAAAGAUCCAUAUGAUUUAUCAACUUCAUCAACUUUAACAAAUCAUAGUAGUACAAAUACAUUGGUUAGUAGUGGUGUUCAAACAACAUCUUCAAGUAGUACAAGUAGUAUUGAUAAUUUAUUAGAUGCAACAACUACAACAACUACAACCACUUCGACAACCAAUAAUAUAUCAUCACAAUCAAAAAAUACAGGAUCACAUUCAUAUCCACAUACACAUACAAGACAAAUGUCAACUGAAAAAGUUGGACCACAAUUUAAAACACCAAUUACAUCAAUUCCACAUCAUAUGAGAAUGGAAGGUUUUCAAAGAGUAAAGCAUAACUCUACAUCUUCAUUGUAUAUAAAAAGUACAUUAUCAACACCUGAUAAUGAUGAAAUUUUAAGAUGUAUGGCAAAUGCAUUAUUGUAUCAUAUUGAAAGAGGUUCACAAUUCCCUCAAAAAACUGUUGAAAUUUUUAGUGAAGAAAAAUAUCCAAUUACUAAAAAUAAAAUUGAUUUAAAAUCAAAUCCAACAGUUGAAACUAUUUAUAAAUUUAUUAGAGAUAUUUUUAAAGCCGAGAAAUUAGAUAGUGAAUGUGCAAUUAUGUGUUUAGCUUAUAUUGAAAGAAUAAUAACGUAUACUGGUAUUACAUUAAGUUCAAUUAAUUGGAGAAGGAUAGUUUUAUCAGCAUUAAUUUUGGCAUCAAAAGUUUGGGAAGAUCAAAGUGUUUGGAAUGUUGAUUUCUUACCAGUAUUCGAUAAUUUAACAGCGGCCGAUUUAAAUUGUCUAGAGAGACAAUUCCUUGCAAUGUUACAAUACAACGUUAGUUUGAACGCUUCAAUCUAUGCAAAAUACUAUUUCGAGUUGAGAAAUUUCUCAAAGUUAGACUCCAAUCAAUUCCCUUUGAAACCGUUGGAUAAAUCUGGUGUUAGAAGAUUGGAAGAUCAUUCAAAGGCUUCGGAAUAUAGAGUAAAACCAUUUAAAAGAAGUGCUAGUGUUGAUCAAAUUAAUCCACCCGAAAUUCAUACAAGAGCUGUUAUUAAUUAA